AGCAUCUGAACACCUCUCGCGAUACUGCUGUUCAGACGUGGGAUUUUGGAAAAAUCCAAGGAGGGUAGUGGCUGGUUGAGGCUGACCGAACAGGAAAACCUUAAUAUGAGUGAUGAUAAACCUUUCCUAUGCACUGCUCCUGGCUGUGGACAGAGAUUUACAAAUGAAGACCACUUGGCUGUCCACAAGCACAAACAUGAGAUGACCCUCAAAUUUGGUCCAGCCAGGACCGACAGUGUCAUUAUUGCUGACCAAACGCCCACACCUACACGCUUUCUAAAGAACUGCGAAGAAGUCGGACUCUUUAAUGAACUCACGAGCCCCUUCGAUCACGACUUCAAAAAAGGGACUGAAGAUGACAUCAAAAAGUUACCACUGGAUUUGUCACCGCUCGCCACCCCAGUCAUACGCAACAAAACUGAAGAACCCUCCGCCCUAGAGGCCCAUCGAGGUAGCCCUCUGCCUCACCCGGAAUCUACGACGAACGACGACAAGGACUUAUCUUUGCAGCCAGCCUCACUGCCAACAUCCACUAUAGUCCAUCCUGCAUCCCUCCAAGUUCCCAAUGUACUCCUAGCAACCUCAGAGGCUAAUCUUGUUAUACAGCAAGCGCUCCCAUCGCCAACAUCUAGCUCUGUUAUUACCCAGGUCCCAUCCACUAGUAGGCCUAUAGUGCCAGUGUCUGGCACCUUCCCUGUGCUCUUACAACUGCCUAACGGCCAGACCAUGCCAGUCUCCAUUCCAGCAUCCAUUACUAGUUCCAGUGUACAUAUUCCCACCACGAUCCCACUUGUCAGACCUCUCACCAUAGUGCCUAACGUCCCAGGCAUCCCCGGUCCACCCUCGCCACAGCCACAGCCUGCCCAGUCAGAAGAAAAACUGAAACCAGCCAGAAGCCAGCAGCUUCCUCCUCUAACCAACGGUGAUGGCAAUGAAGUCCAGAGCAGCGACAUAACGCACACUGCUGCUCCUGCUUCACCAGCCCCAAUCCCCACUCCAACCCCAUCCACAUCCCUCCCUCUGGCCUCUAACGUGCCACCCGCCAGUGAAGAACCCUCUGCACAUUCCCUUCAGCAGCCAGCCACCUCCACCACAGAGACACCUGCUUCCCCGGUACCCCCUGCUCCAAACCCUCCAAGCACAGGGGGUCGGCGACGCAGAACCACAAGUGAAGACCCAGAUGAGAAGCGGCGCAAGUUCCUGGAGCGUAACAGGGCGGCAGCCUCGCGUUGCAGACAGAAGAGAAAAGUAUGGGUGCAGUCCUUGGAGAAAAAGGCUGACGACCUCAACUCCACGAAUGGACACCUUCAGAGUGAAGUCACCCUGCUGAGAAGCGAAGUGGCUCAGCUGAAGCAGCUCCUCCUGGCUCAUAAAGAUUGUCCUGUAACCGCCAUGCAGAAGAAGUCUGGCUAUCACCUCACCGACAAAGACGAGAGCUCCGAGGAGAUGUCGGUCCCCAGCAGCCCCCAGAGCGAGGCCAUCCAGCACAGCUCCAUCAGCACCUCCAAUGGGGUCAGCUCAUCCUCAGCGCCUGCCACGUCCAACCAGAGCACAGAUGAGAGCCAGCCACUGAGCGGCGCCACCCGGUCUCUGCCUUCAGGGAGCUGAUCAUCCCGUCCUGAGCUGGAUUUGGUCACGGGAGCACUGUUCAAUGCCUCAGUCUCUCUCUCUCUCUCUCUCGCUCUCUCGCUCUCUCGCUCUCUCGCUCUCUCUCUCUCUCUCUCUCUCUCUCUCUCUCUCUCUCUCUCUCUCUCUCUCUCUCUCUCUCUCUCUCUCUCUCUCUCUCUCUCUCUCUCUCUGUGUGUGUCACUCAUUCACUCACAAACACACACAAACAUGCAAAACCACACAGUAAAGGGAUUGUCAUCCUGUUGGGUCCAUUUUAUCUUCUUUCGGCAAUAGUGAUGUUAUGAGACUCAAGGAGAAGGCACUUUAGGUGUAACGUAAUGCUGUUAUAAUGUAUUUAUUCAUCUUAAUGAGGUUUUUUUUUUCAUUUAACAGUUCAUUGAGAAGUAGGGAUGGGCAUACUCCAAUAAUUUAUUAGGAAUUGUGUCAAUUGUGUGCAACUGAUCAUUGAUUAAUCGUGUUAACUCGGGUAAGUUGGAGUACCCUUCCAGCAGAGGCACAGGUGAUUGUUGGUGCACUAAAGAAAUACAGUAUGGUGAACCGUCGUUAUUCGAGGGGGAUACGACCAAACUCUGCCGUGAAUGGCGAAAAUUGACAAACCCCGGAAAUUUUUUAUAACUGCCUGUAGAUGCCACAAAAUGGGAGCAAAGCACUACUUUUGUCGGAAUGAAGCUCCUCAACUCACUCAAAUGUUCCUUGGCAGCAAGAUGCCAUAAGAACAGCAAAUAAAUGAUUUUUUUAAGUAAAUAAUGGUUUUUAAAAAAAAGCAAAUGCCGUAGCGCGAAUAUGCUGGGGUUCGCUGUACGUGACUGCAGCUAUGAGACAAAAAAGAAAUAGUCGGGCCAGACCAUUUGUAGCUGGGGCAAAAGAAAAAAAUGAUAAUUAAAUAUUAAUACUGUUUGUGUUAUUUGCAAUCAAUUUUAUGAAUACAUAAUAAAGAGAGCCAUACAUUUGAUGAACCAAUUUUUAGUGCAAAAAAAAGCGGGAAAAUGAAUGAAACAAGUAUUGCAGGAUUCUUAAAUGUUCAGUGGGCCGGAUUAAAGGGCAAAGCGGUCCGCACAUUGCCUACCUGAGCUACUCCCAUGCAAUGGCACAACUCCGCCAUUUUGUUCAGUCUGACACUGGCAUGGAAAAGGGAGUUCAGAACAUUCAGAGUAAUGUAAUUUGGUUAAUUUCCUACAUUGUAGAAAAUGGAGUCCAAUGCCCAUCCCUUCUCAGUAGGUUGGAAUACCAAAGUGUGUUGGCACAUUAAUUUAUUGUAUUUGUUUUAUUGACAUAAAGCAGCACUAUUGAAGUAGUCACCCAUAUUUUUAUUAUUUACGUGAUUUGCUUCCUGUAUUUUGCACAUUUAGAGAAACUACGGGUUUAGCUUUUUUUUUUCUUUUUUUUUCUUUUUUUCCAAGCAGUGGCAGCUUUUGUCACAUGACACAAUUAAUUGUCAGUGGCUGAAUCCGAUGUUCCCAUUGGACUCCUUUUUAAUUCUUUGUCUGCGAUGGUGGGAUCCGCUGUAGUCGCAUCGUGCAGUUUGACUGUUCACACGUAGCCUCUGCCUGCUCAAAUGGAAGAAAGAAAAAACAACGUAAGAAGGUGGAUGCACCGGUUAAAAGCGUGCGUUGCUGAUUGUUACUGAAUCGGUGAUUGUAGGCCUGCAGGACAUUGCGUUGUCAUGGUGGCGGCCUUUUCGUUCAAUAGCAUUCAUGUUUUUGUAUCAAUGUUUAGCUGGCACUGUGGGGGGGGGGGGGGGCUUGCUUUUGCUCUUUAAAUAUGUGUAAAUAGCUUCAUGCGGCAAACUUGAUGCUUUUCAGGUUGCUCAUUUUUAACAAAAUCAUGUGAGCAACAUCACUGAUACAUUUGUAUGUUAUAAGUAUUGAACGUCUUAAUAGGAGUUCUUGCUGAGCUGUUUUGAACGUCGUUAAAAUUGCUUUUAGGGAUUUUCAUUCAGAUAAGCAGAAAUAAAAUAAGUCCCACCGUGAUGUUAAUAUUAAUACUCUACUGGCUUACUACUGUGUAGUCAUCCGAGAUGAUUAUUUGGUUAUUAUUAUUGUAUUUAUUUUUUACAUUUUGUGCUCUGCAUGACAUAAUGAUUCUCUGCGAGAAUUCGCCAAUGUUUCAGUCGGAUAAAUAUCAGUCAACAAGGAGCUUUGUUUAGUUGAUCUGCUAAACCAGGGUGUGAUAUUGUGUUCCAUGUGUACUCGUGACUUGUGAACGUUCUCAAUGAAAUUCCAAUUGAUUACUCAUUGUAAUAAACCUUUGAAUAUUUAGCUUCCCA